GCUGCGGGAAUUCGCAUCCCGCGGCCGGCCAGGGGAGCCGGAGUGGAAACAGGUUGUUGGGAUGUGUCCGUGGGAGGAAGGGGCGGCUCUGCUCGGCCGCUAGCCAAGCCUGGGCUCCGGGAAACGGAGACGGAGCUGCUGCCUCGGCAGCCGGCGCGGUGCUGAAGGAGAUGGACAGAGAAUUCCCUGGCCCCGGGACCGGAGCUCCGCCGCUGCCCGAGCCCCUGAACUUCCAGCAGUCCCCGGUUUAACCACGACCAGUUCCACCUGCGCCGCUCCCAGCUGGCGAGGCUCACGCAGGUGAUUCUCUUUCUUUUUGCUCCUCUGCCUGUGCGUGAACGCUGAUUACCAAAAAGUCCGCCUGAAAGCCUGGGAGAGCUUGGGGAAAGCCACGGUGGAGAGUUGUGGUGUUUUGGAUACAAAUGGCACAAAGUACUCGCACCUCUGCUCGAGGGACUCAUAUGGCUUGAAGGGUGGAGCUGUCAGCUGGCACUUGGACCCCCAUGGAUCCCCUCAACCUCUCGUGGUACGACGGGGACAGGAACUGGAGCAGGGCCCUGAACGCGUCGGAGGCGGCGCAGAAGCCGCACUACAAUUACUACGCCGUGCUGCUCGCCCUCCUCAUCUUCGUCAUCGUCUUUGGCAACGUCCUGGUGUGCAUGGCAGUGUCCAGGGAGAGAGCCCUGCAGACCACCACCAACUACCUGAUUGUCAGCCUGGCCGUGGCCGACCUGCUGGUGGCCACGCUCUGCAUGCCCUGGGUGGUGUACCUGGAGGUGGUCGGGGAGUGGCGGUUCAGUCGCAUCCACUGCGACAUCUUUGUCACCCUGGACGUCAUGAUGUGCACUGCCAGCAUCCUCAACCUCUGUGCCAUCAGCAUUGACAGGUACACGGCCGUGGCCAUGCCCAUGCUCUACAACACCCGCUACAGCUCCAAGCGCCGGGUCACCGUCAUGAUCGCCGUGGUCUGGGUGCUCUCCUUUGCCAUCUCCUGCCCGCUCCUCUUCGGCCUCAACAACACAGAUGAGAAGGAGUGCAUCAUCGGCAACCCUGCCUUCGUGGUGUACUCGUCCAUCGUGUCCUUCUACGUGCCCUUCAUGGUGACGCUGCUGGUGUACGUGCAGAUCUACAUCGUGCUGCGGCGCCGCAGGAAGCGCGUCAGCACCAAGCGCAGCAGCCACGUGCUGGACUCGGACACGCAGGCACCCCUCAAGGACAAAUGCACUCAUCCAGAAGACGUCAAGCUCUGCACAGUUAUUGUGAAGUCCAAUGGGAGCUUCCAAGUUAAUAAGCGCAAAGUGGAGGCAGAGAGUCACAUAGAAGAGAUGGAAAUGGAGAUGGUGUCCAGUACCAGUCCCCCUGAGAAAACGGCCCUCAAACCCACAGCACCAAGUAACCACCAGUUGAUUGUGCCAGUUGCUUCUAAUCGGGGCAACAACUCUACCCUGCAGGCACCCCUGAGCAGCCCUGGGAAGGUGGAGAAGAAUGGCCAUGCCAAAGAAUCCCACCACACAGCCAGGGUCUUCGAGAUCCACUCCCUGCCCAAUGGCAAGACGAGGAACUUGCUCAAGGCCGUGAUCAGGAGGAAGCUGUCCCAGCAGAAGGAGAAGAAAGCCACCCAGAUGCUGGCCAUCGUGCUCGGUGUUUUCAUCAUCUGCUGGCUCCCCUUCUUCAUCACUCACAUCCUGAACAUGCACUGCGACUGCAACAUCCCCCCGGCCAUGUACAGCGCCUUCACAUGGCUCGGCUACGUCAACAGCGCUGUCAACCCGAUUAUCUACACCACCUUCAACAUCGAGUUCCGCAAGGCUUUCAUGAAGAUCCUCCACUGCUAAAAGCCACCAACAGCACCCGCAUGUCUUCAGGAACGGAGGGGGGAGAGGGAGCGGCGCCACCCACGCACAGCGGGGCAGCGGGGACGGGGCUGGAGCUCUUGAGCUGGGCACCGCCGGCUGCCCCAGCGCCUGGCGGGGAUGGGGGAGCUGGGAGGGUCGCUCACCCCGCUGGGUGACCUCUGGACCAGUCCCAAGGGCGCUUUUCAGAGCCACGUUGGAAGUGGAAGUGCGAGGACCGCGGCGCUCUCGCUCGGUUCUCGCCCGUGGCCGCGCGGCCUGGAGUGAGCUGGACACAGAGUGGCCACGGGGCCACCAGGAGGAAAUGCUGGGUCGUGGGCACGACUCUCACCAAAGACAAGGCCAUCCUUCCCUCUGGGCAGCAGGAGCCACACGGGGCUGGGGAAGCUCUGUGCAAUAGCUUUGCCUUCACCUCGAGCCGACUCACCCACUGUUCAGCUGCUGAAGCCUUCAGAAAGUAAAUAAAAAACAACCCCAAAAAACUUUCAGAGGUCCCCAGGCGGGUCGAGAAGGCUCUGCCACCCCCAGACCCUGCAGCAGUGUGAGCCUACAAGCCAUGGGUGGAAGGGAGGAGGGGGCAUCAAUCUCAUGUCAAACCAUCGGUGUAAAUAGGAAUAAAUAGGAUGGAUUUUGGAGCCCAAGCC